AUGCGACGCGUUGGCAUGGAUCGUUUUAGGCUCGUCAUCAGCCUUGAUCGGAACGUCCGCGAACAGGGAGAGGGCGCACCGUUUGAGCCGCAUGCUUCCACAUCCGACUAUGACCUGCUCUAUCCUUCCAUAUCGAAGCAGCGCUGGAGCUCCGCUCCAUGGGCUCGACGUCUAGGUGGAUUUGCAGAACGAUCCUCGUACGGGCUGGUCCCAACUCUCGUUGGCUUGCCCUUGCUCGUCUCCAUAUUUGCCCACGUCUAUUUCCAGAUGUUCUCGACACUACACAUCUUUCUUGCAAUCGUCUGGAUCGGCUUGCCUGUCGCAACUAUCUCUAUUUUGGUCACCCUGGCAUCGAGGUCGCUAAGCAACCGCAGUUGCAACAGCAGCACAAGGAGCGACAAGAUCAAGGCCAUCGUUCUGCUGGCUCUCACGUGCACAGUCGCUUGGAGAACUUUCACCGUCAGCCCUCGCCGAGGCCUCUCCGACUUUUCAGGUGCUCCUGCCAACAACGAGACCACGUAUAUCGCUGCCAAUCUAUACAACUCAGAGCACCUUUUUCCCGCCUUCUCAGACUCGCUUCUGGAGCUAGUCGACCACCUCGGCAGAGACAAUGUCUACGUUUCCAUCUACGAGAGCAACUCUGAGGACCGGACAAAGCAGCUCCUCUCGUUGCUUGAACACGAUCUGCAGCUUCGUGGUGUCCAAAACAGCAUCCGCAUGCUCGACAACACUCGCAGACAAGACAUGGAUCGCAUCGAGCGUCUCGCCAUCAUCCGCAACGAAGCUCUGAACCCAAUACAAGCAGGCGUCCACGGCUUGCACGGCCGCCCCUUUUCCAAAGUCAUCUGGCUGAACGACAUCUUCUUCCGCCCAGAGUCCGUUCUAGAAUUGCUCGCAACGAACGAGGGUCACUUUGACCAGGUUUGCGCGCUCGACUAUCUGCCACUAGGCUUUUAUGACACAUGGGUCAUGCGAGAUGUGCAACGGAAUCGUCCGACACCACUAUGGCCCUACUUCAAGCUCGAGCAGGAUAUCGCCAGCUUGCGCAGAGGCGACGUCAUCCCAGUCAACAGCUGUUGGAACGGCAUCACCAUCUUCGACGCAAAAUGGUUCCUGCCCACAGGCAAGGAUGGCAACGACUCGUCUACAAACGCAGGCGUCGACGACGGUCCCAUCCGCUUCCGAACACAUCCUCAGUGUCUGGCGUCCGAGUGCCUUCUCCCGAGCUACGACAUCCACGUCCGCAGCAGGCGGCGACCGCUCAUUUUCGUCAAUCCCAAGGCCGUGGCCACUUACCAAUGGCGGGACCACCUCAUGUACGACUGGGUCAUGCGCUCCAACAUUGUCAAUCUGUGGAGCCGCAUCUGGCAAGACCUGAUCAGCCACUCUCUUUUUGGCUUUGUCGUAGAGCUCGGACGCAAAAAGGACGACUGCGAAGAAGUGAUGCGCAGCGGCUGGAAGCCGGCACCGACAGAACCCUAG